GUCGUUCUAUUGGUAGGUAUUUUGAUUAUCAGUCGAAUAACAUUAACUCAUGAAUUUCCAGUAACCAAACGACAAUAAAGACGAACCUUUAAAGCCUUUGAAAUUUAAACUAAUCGUUGGACUAGCCCUGAAUCACUUCAAUUUAUGAUCUCAUGAACUUAUGGAAACCACUUUAAUCUUUAGCAAAACAACUAUUGGUAAUCCUUUCAAACGGAUUAACCAAUUGUUAUCAAMAACUUGUGGCAGCAGGGAUGUUUUUAUGAAAAUAUUGACAUGCGCGUGACAGGAAUGAUGUGGGCACAUGGGUCUUUCACUUGUAAUAGCAUGGUAAAUAACACAAAAUYAUAUGAAAAAGGAAGGAAGAAAAAGAAAAAAAUGGAAAAAAGAAAACUUUAAGACUUUAGAGGUUUUUUUGCAGUUAUUAAACAUCGCUGAUGACAAUYCUGAUUUCACAAAGUUUUCUUAUUAUUUACCAUGCAUAUUUAGUUGACUUUGUCAUCAUAACAGUUGCUUAAGAAACACCGACGCAGUUUCAAUAUUAUCUUAACUUGGUCUCCUUAUUUUUUAAUACUCGAGCUUUGUGAAAAGAAACGUCAUUGUGUACAUUUCACACAASAACCAUCAUGCACCGCGGUCCUGGCUCGAUAUCUUCGCAUUAGGAAGAUCAGCCAGUUCGAAUUAGGAAUAUCCCAAUUUAAUCCGAUUUAAAAUCGAUUUCCCCCAUUAGUUUUAAGACAAUAUCCGCCUAUUCAUGGGUACUUCUUUGAUAUAAUCGGAAAUACGGUCUGUCGAUAUCAAGGCGUAAUGGUGAAAGUAUAACACGCAUCGAGCGCGUAAGGCAUCAUGGUUAGUGAGUAUUAUAGGAUUUUACGUAGUCAAUGUUAUGUCAAUAGAGGCGGGAAAAGAGUUCUUUUGUUGACUGAAUGUGAAAUGAAUUAAUUGGACAGAAAUUAUUCAAAAGGUCGUACAAAAAGAACAUUUUAUAUUGUUCAAUUUAUAACUAUAGACAGUUAUUUUUGCAUUGGAAUUUCGCCGACGGUUUCGAGAUUGAGUUCGAGUACAAGUUUUUAAAUUGCACUCGCGUUUGUUGAUGAAUUUUGAUUCUUUAGAUAGAUUGAAACAUCAAAUGAGUGAGGAUAAAAAGUAAAUCGUUCACUGUAAUUCACGCAGGAUCAACAACAGAACACCAUGGCAACCAUUACGGUUUUAAAACUCGUACUCGAGUCCCCAAUGAUGGACAUGCAAUGAUAGAUCAUAAUUUUAAGAAUAAAAUAAAGUAUAAAAAAGCAGCUGAAAUAUUCUAAUAAAUACAAUGUGCAUGUCUAGUAUGGCUGGAUGCAUGGCAAACAUGACCAUUAAAUCAAAUGACAGAACAGAUGGGAAAUUAUCCCUUCUAAUUUUCCAAUUCAACUUCGUCCAUUAUAUUUCUUGCAUAAGUGACGUCCCACGACUGCGACUUUGAUGUAUUUUCAAUCAACUAGCUGUCAUGUAAAUGGCUUAUUAGACAAUAUCCAAUGAAAGUGUUCCAUUUCUUGGACGUGGAUUUUUGUUAUUAAUGUUUGAAGAACAAGUUGAAGCUUUCAUUUUCCAAAGCGCUACUUUGAACAUUGAAAUUUAAAACAAAACUCGAAUAACWCUUUAGAUUCACCUUCUGGCAAGGAAGCGUCAUAACGGUUUAGAGAAUCGAUAUUACGAAGUAUUUUCUGUCGGAACUAUAUUGAAGAAAGCAGCUGUUUUCAUAUCAUAACACCUCAAUCUGUCAUAGGCAUCGGUAAACCAUUCGAGUGCUACGGAACAAAAGAUCGGCGAGUUCUAUUUAUGCAGGGAAAUGGAUCACUAUCAUGAUCAAGCGAGUCAUUAACUUUUCUUUUUAUUGCUUCUGUAUUAACAUGUGCUUAAUACUUGGUUUAUGACAUUCGAAAAAUGUUGCAUUUAUCUGUGACCUGCAGCAUUCAAUAGGUUACCAUUGUUCAACCAGUGUUCGAAGGCCUUGUUUGUAAAACCAUUGGCAAUUGAAGAAGAACACUUGACUGGAUUUCUACUUUGAAAUGGUUUAUCUACGAAAAGCUGUGUAACUCUUUAUUAUUAGACGGUGAAAUGGUUAACAAGCAGCAUUUUAAUGGCUUCCUGAAUUUGAUUGGAUUCCUUCCAAAACAUUAAUUUCAAGUAAAAUCCUCACCGAUGGUCUUUGCCAAAACAGCUGAACUCAUCAAAUCCUCUGGAAUAGAAUUGAUGAAAUUUUUCGAGAUUGUAAUUAAUUGAUCAUUURUUCUAGAAUCAAUCAUCAGACAACAUAACGAUAUCAAGCACCUGUUUCAUACAGUUGAAAGUGAAAGAGAUUCUGCUAGAGAAAAAGUUGGCUCCAUUUCAUCGAUUGAUUAAAUAUUCUCGAACAUAUCCAACUGAAGAACACGCAAAUGGAACGAUCGAUCAUGGUUGAUGUGGACCCAGUUCGUAACAUAACCAAAUGUAAUCCAGUAUUAGAUGUUUCAUUCCUUGCCGUUUAUACCGUCCAAGCGCUGGUAAUCUUCAUCGGCAACUUCUUGACUUGCAUCGUUUUUCUAUCAAAGAAACGUCUUCGCGAAGUGUACAUGAAUGUUUUCCUCAUAAGUCUGGCCGUUUCUGAUUUCCUGGUUUCUUUGCUGGUAUUUCCUGGAUAUGUUGUGUUCUGUAUCUCGUGUGUAACGUCGCAAUACGCUAAAAGUGACACUGUGUGUAUUGUUCUMGAUGGUAUCAAGGAUUAUGUUUUACUGGCCAAUGUGUUCAGUGUGUUGUCCAUCACGUUUGAUCGCUUCAUCGCCGUGUUACGCCCUCUCAAAUACAUGACAACGAUCACUAAAAGGUCUGUUARAGUAAUGUUAGUAUCAUCAUGGCUGCUUCCCUGGCCGAUUGCUUAUAUGAAGCAAAUCCUAAUGGAGAUCAGCCCCAGGAUAUUUCAUGAUAAACAYYCCCGGUCCAUAUACGACAAUAUUGUCGUGUUUGUGUGUAUAAUUUCACCAAUGUUCGUCAUCGCUGUCGUCAAUUGUAUGAUCACCAAGGUGAUAAGAAAACAAAAUGCACGUAUCCAUUACCAUAGCAACAUGAACAUUGCGUCAUACCAAGCACGUGAUGAGACGUCAUUCAAUCAAGGAUCACGUGGUGGUAGUAAUGACCAUGUUACACCACGUCAAGAAGAGUCUCACCAUAUUGAGUCACGUGACGAUAGUCAUAAAUCACGUGACCCACCCCGACACUCACGUGAUGUUCAUGACGUUUCAUUUCAGCAGCGUCCCAGCGACAUUGCUUUACAGUCUGUCGAUAGGCCACGCACGUUGACAGAAGAGACUGAUUGGUCACGUGAUGAUUGGUCACGUGAUGAUGAAGCGCGGGAAACAAAGUUUGAUAAAAGUAUGGGUCUAGAAAUUCAAACCCAAGGCUGUAAUGCCAAAAGUUUACAUGGCCAGAGCUCGAUAACUGCACCAUGUGAUCUUGACUUUAAUGACAAAGUGUCACGUGACAACUGUGACGUAGCAUGUGAUGUCACACAGUCAAACAACGAUGGUAUCAAGACGGAAAGUCUAAAAGGCAACGUCUCUGAAACACAAACAUGCCAUCUACAGGAUGCAGCUAAUAGUAUUUGUUGUGACGAUCAACCAUCAGACAAUAUCGUUAGUAAAACGCAAGAAAAAAUAUUAAACAAGUCAUCUAAAAUGCAAUGUUCAUUUAAAGUGGGAAAUCCUAACGAAGCAUCGCAACGUAAUACUAACGGCGGGUUUUCGAGAGAUGAAGAAAAAGAAUUAAAUGAUGUUAAACCAAGUGUGUUGACUAAAGCCACCAGCCAACGACGCGUUAAGAACAAACGCAAUAAAGACAGUAAUAAAUCAUCCGCGUCGUUAACCGAAAGACUGAGAAAGAUUUCUCGUGAGCUGAGAGAAAGCAAUGGCACUCGUUCCUGUUUAGUCGUGUCCAUGAUCUUUGUGGUCUGUUGGAUUCCUCGUUGUUUGUUAAACAUCUUUAGAUUGUUUUUACCUCAUGGUAUUGUCGAUGAUUAUCUGCUCGAGAGGAUGUCGAUGUUAUUUUUGUUUUUUCAGUCGUUGAUGAAUCCUCUGGUUUAUUCCUUUUAUAGAAAAGAUUUUAGACAGGCUGCUAAAGAUAUAUUAUACAAGCUCGAUUAACUGAUUGCAUUGAUAGAUCGAAUGACUGAUGGACAGGCUGCUAAAGAUAUAUUAUACAAGCUCGAUUAACUGAUUGCUUUGAUAGAUCGAAUGACUG